AUGAGUGGGAGCGACGAGCAGUGGUCCAGAUGUGGCCAAGGCCUCGGCGCCAGAGAUUCCACGUUCACUGCACCGACAGACGGAGGAGGAAGUCUUGGUGGAGGGGCUGAAAUAAGGAGUCAUGAAGAUGUUAUUGUCCCUCGGCAUGAUGUGCAGAAACUGCUUGGUGAGUUCCGAGCACUACAUCAGGAACGACUGCAGCGGUUAGAGGCUACAGAUGAUGGAACAGAAGAAACUCUUAAGUUGAAGGUGCAGAUUAUGCAGUCUUAUAUCAGUGACCUGAGUGAACAAAAUGAUGUUCUGCUUCAGACAAUGGAGGAGCUUGAAAGGGAAGCUAACAGAAGAGUAACUGCUCUGGAGACAGAGCUAGAGGAGCAUGUUGCUAAGGUAACUGAGUACAAGGAAGAGAACAGUACCCUACUUACAACAAAAGAAAAUCUGGCCAAAGAAAUUGCUCUCGCGUCUGCCACAGUGCGAGCGAUGCCAACUGAACACCUUUCGGGAUCCACGGCAACACUUCCACCCAACACUGGCUCCAGUGAGAUUUUCAUGAAAUAUGAAGAGAUCAAGUCUGAGUUGGAGAUAAAAGAGCAGAUGAUCCAGAGAUUACACAAGGAGCUUACGGAUGCUACUUUUGCCCAACAACUGUCAAAAGAUGAGGUAGUUGACAAAGAUAAGAAAAUUCAGGAAUUGCAAGACAUCAUAACUGAACUUCACAAUGACGUGGCUCUGAAGGACGCAGAGAAUCUGAACCAACUGCAGGAUAUACACCUUCUGGAGAGCAAUAUUAAAGCCUUGAAUGAAGAGCUUGGGAGCCCCCACAAAACCUUUCAAAAAAGUCAAGUUCAGUCAUUCCGAUCCAACAACCUACUGAAAGCUGAGCUCGAGCGCCGUGAUGGUACAAUCCUGCAUCUCCGUAAAGAGGUCCUCCAGUUACAGGAGAAGAGAGAUAGGUUAACGUGUGAGUUGGACAUACAGGAGCAAAGGAUUUACCAGCUGCAAGGAGAGCUAAAAGAGGGAGUAACUGAACUGAAGAAAAAGCAGGGCUGUCUCCAGCAGCUGCAAGAGGAGCUGCUCGCCACCAGAAAUCAGUAUGAGGAGGCCCAAAAGCAGCUUGCAGAGAGUAAUGGAUUUCUAUCCCAAGUUAAAGCUGAGAACCAGACCCUGAAAGUCUAUAAAUUGGAACAAAGUACUGAGAUUGAAGCACUCACAGCCACCAUUCAGAACCUUGAAUUAUCUGCCACAAAUGUGAAUGCAGCAUUUACUGCUGAAGCAGCACAGAAGCACAACGAGCUGGUAUCUACAACAGAAGAGCUUAAGGAAAAGCUAGCAGAAACACAGGCUGAACUCAGUCAAAAGGAUGAUGCCACACAAAAACUAAAGGCACAACUGCAGAACACCAGCCAAUGGGCAGAAGAAACCAAGUUGCAGCUCAAAGGGGUGCAAGCUGCAAUAGAAACCAUGAAAAACAAAUAUACUGUUGCAGAGAACGAGAUGAUAAAACUUGAGCAGACAAUCAAACAGCUUAAGGAAGAAAGAGUCCGACUGCAGCAACACUGCCACGAAUUGGUAGAAGAAAAUGAACGGCUUCACGCACAACUGGAGGCUGAGAACUUAGCUAUGGAAAGUGAGCAGAAUGUUAUGUCAAUGGAGUUGAAUAUAAAGGAAAGUUUGAUUCACAAGCUGAAAAAGGAAAGCAUUGCCCUGCAAGACAAAGCUAAGGCAGCUGAACAAAAGAUUUUUCAACUUGAGAUGCAGAUUGAACAUCUAAAUCAGCAGCUUGAAUCAACAGAGGCAGUCAAAGUGACCAGUGAUGAGACAAUCCACAGCCUAGAGAGACAGCUUCGAGAAUACAGAACACGCCAUGAGGAGACCGCAGAAGAGGUGAAUCGAUGUGAAGAUACAAUAAGACAGCUGAAUGGAGAGCUUUCAUCUAUUCAAAUUGUUCAGGAUUCAACUAAGAGGAGCAUUGAGGUGAAGGAGGAAACAAUCCAACAACUGACGACUGAGACUGAGAUACUACAAAACAAACUCAAAGAAUGUCAAACACGGAUGCUGGAAAUGGAAGAACAACUGAAUGCUACUGAUUUUGAAUCUGACACCUUAAGGGACAAACUGCAGAAUAAAGCAGAAGAAGUUCAGCAGCUUACGGACCAGUUCAGGGAAUAUCAAGAAGCUCAGCAUCAGGUGACCAACGAACUGGAUGAAACAAGGAGGAAAGCAAACAAUGAGAUUGCAAGAAGGGAAGAAAAAAAUUGUACUUUACAGAAGCACAUAGAAGACCUGCAGUAUCAAUAUACCAGCUGUUACUCUGAAUUGUUACACAAUGAAGAUGAUUUGGCGGAACUGAAGUGCAAGUUUGCUGCUGUUAAUGAAGAGUUAUCCCAACAAGCAGUGACCCUCUCAAAUGUUACUUUGGAGAAGCAGAAGCUGGACACUGAACUCAGUGUUCUCAGUGAAAAAAACACAACAGCACAGAGAGAAGUUAACAGCAGAGAUCAAACCAUUUUGAAACUGAAAUCAGAAUUAAAGACUGCUCAGGAAAACGUCAAGAGUGCAUGGGAGGAGGUCUGCCAUUCUGCUAAGCGUAAUGUCGGUAAAGAAGGCGUCAAGAUCACUUUCCAUUGA